AUGUCUCGUUCCCUCCGCCUGCUUGGGCGCUACCGACGCCAUCCUUUUGCCCAUGCCUAUAGGCGAUGCUACUCAGUGCGUGUGCCCAGCGACGGUGCCGGGGACAUCAGGACGGUGGCAGACCUGAAAGAGUGGCAGCCUCAAGGCCGUGUCUCGGAUGUGCAAGUCUGCGGCUGGGUCAGGUCGGUUCGCAAGAGCUCCAGCGUGCGCUUCGUUGACAUCACCGACGGAUCCUCCAUGAGGCCAAUGCAGGCUGUCGUUGACAAGAGCUUGGCCGCAGAUAUACGCCCGGGUGCAGCCGUUCGCCUCAAGGGGGUCUGGCAUAGUAGCGCCUCCAAAUUGCUGCCUAAUGUAGAGUCUCGAUGUGACAACCUUGCUCGUCGUACUACGGCUGAAUUACAAGUCAACCAAGUGGAAAUACUUGGCUUGUCUGAUCCCCAUACAUAUCCCAUUCAGAACAAGUACCAAACACCAGAAAGCUUGCGAGCAAUAUCACAUCUUCGGCCGCGAACUCCUCUCAACUCAACGCUCCUCCGGCUACGAUCAGAUGCCAUGGCAAUCCUAAACAAUUUCUUCUUCAAUGAACAGUUUCAGCAAACCCACCCCCCAAUCAUCACCUCAUCAGACUGCGAGGGUGCUGGUGAAGCAUUCAGCGUCAAGAGCGGCGGACCUUCCGAGUUCUUCAGAGACCCCAAGUACCUCACUGUCUCAUCACAGCUCCAUCUGGAGGCUCUGGCUCAAGCGCUGGGAAAUGUAUGGACUCUAUCGCCUACCUUCCGAGCCGAGCAGAGUGACACCUCUCGGCACCUGAGUGAGUUUUAUAUGCUUGAAGCUGAAAUGAGCUUCGUUCAAGACAUGGAUGAGGUCAUGGACCUCGCCCAAAGAAUGCUGGCGUCGCUUGCUAGCGGGCUCAGCCAGCGCAGUGCCGCUCAAGAACUCGAAAAGCACCGGCUCGACUCCAGAGACCCUGCGGAACGUUUAGCAUUUGAAGAUCUGGUCGAUGUCAAGGAACUGCAACAGCGGUGGAGGGGUCUUAUGGUGCCGACCAGAUGGCCGCGAGUGACGUACACAGAAGCCAUCAAAAUCCUCGAACCCGUGGCCCACCUGUUCGAACACAAGCCCGUCUGGGGAUCCGGCCUCCAGUCAGAACAUGAGAAAUACUUGGCUGAGAAAAUCGGGUAUGAUGCAGCAAGCGAUGCGCUCCAACCCAUCUUUGUCACCCAAUACCCACGAGAUAUCAAGGCUUUCUACAUGCUCCAGUCACAAUCCCCCCCACCUCAGGGGCAGACGGUCGAUUGCUUCGACCUCCUUGUUCCUAAUCUUGGAGAGCUUGCGGGAGGAUCCAUGAGAGAGUAUCGGCUUGCCGAGCUUGAGGACAACAUGCGCCUGCAUGGUCUAGAGGUCCCAACGAACCGGAAAGCCAGAUCCAACGACAUGGGGUGGUACCUGGAUCUGAGACGCUGGGGAUGUCCUCCCCAUGGAGGAUUUGGUCUUGGCUUUGACCGCCUGUUAAGCUAUCUGACUGGUGUGCCCAACGUCCGCGAUGUGGUGCCAUUUCCACGCCAUUUCGAGCGCUGCGAUUGCUAA